AAAUUUUAUCAUUGAAGUAUUGAAUAAAAGCUGAUAUCGAAAAAAUAAGAUCUAUUAUGCAUUAAUACGUUGUAGAUAAUAAUAUGAAUACUUUAUCAUGACUUUAUUUUGAUCUCUUUCAUUGAAUUGGUCUAUUUUAUAUAUUACUAAUCAUCGUUAGAUUGUCACAUAGUAGGUGUUUUUGUUCAGAAAAAAAAAUAUUCUUUCCCUUAGCCCAUCAAAAUGGGUAUGUUAUUUGGUAAACCUAAAGUCAGUCGAAUAACCGACCAUGAUCGAGCAGUUCUGCAAAUGAAGCAACAAAGAGAUACUUUAAAGCGAUAUCAACAACGAGUUGAAAAAUUACUAGAAAAAGAAAGAGAGUUGGCCAAAAGACUAUUGUCUGAAAAUAAAAGAGAUAAAGCCAAGUUAUUAUUGAGGAAAAAAAAGUAUCAAACAGAGCAGCUUGAACGCACUGAAGCAUCUUUAGAUACUGUGGAAAAAUUAAUACAAGAUUUAGAAUAUUCCCAAAUAGAAACCAAAGUUAUUGAAAGCCUUAAAGCUGGAAGUGUUGCCCUGAAAAAAGCCAAUGAAUUAUUAAAUGUUGAAGAAAUUGAACAACUUUUGGAUGAAACUAAAGAAGGGAUUGAUAAACAAAGAGAAAUUACUGAUUUACUUAGUGGAGCUUUGUCAUCAGAGGAUGAAGAAUUAGUUGAAGCUGAAUUGAAUGAACUAAUUUCUAAUGAACACCAAAAGGCUAUGGACAAAUUACCAAUUGUGCCAUUGGAUAAUUCACCAUUUAAUGCUCCAGAAAUAAAAGAGGAACAAAAAUCACCACCAAAAAAGAUUGCAUUAGAAGCUCAAUAAAAUAAAGUUAACACUCAACAAAUUUAAAUUUACCAAAUUAUAUGACAGUUAAAUUAUUUAACUUUGAAC